AUGAUUUUGAUUUUAAAAAAUAUUACUAAUUUAAUAGAAACAAAUAUACAAUUCAAUAAAUAUGGCAUAUAUCAUUGCCUGCAACAACAGCAGCAGCGAUCAUAUACCCAAGAGAGCAAAUGUGAAAAUGAUGAGCAAAAAGAUAUAGCAAAACAGUAUCGAGGAGGAGAGCAGAGGCUAGGUGAACAAAAAUCCUUGAAUAUUGCUGUUAUUGGCGUGCCCAACGCUGGGAAAAGUACAUUUAUUAAUAAUUUAAUAAAUCAUAGGGUAUGUCCCACAUCGUCGAAAGUACACACAACGAGGAAGUCCAAUAAGGCCAUAUAUACUACGGGUCAAACUCAAUUGGUGUUCUAUGACACCCCUGGCUUGGUGACACAAAAGGAAAUCAAUAGACACAAAUUGGAAAAAUCAUUUAAAAGUUCUUACCGUCAUGCCAUUCAACAUGCUGAUAUGAUAGCCGUUAUGCAUGAUGUCUCCAAUACCUGGACGCGUAAACAAUUACAUCCAACUGUUAUAGAUAGCCUGAAGGCAUAUCCUCAAUUGCCAAGUGUUUUAAUAUUAAAUAAAAUUGAUGCAUUAAAAUCGAAACGUAUUACAUUGGAGUUGAUACGGAUACUCACGAAUAAUACCCUGAGUGGUAGGAAACAUAAUCGAAUUGGUAAGAAAUUGACAUUGGAUGAAUCGAAAAAGGAUGAAGAGGAGAAGCCGGCGGUGGAAUUUGGUGAUUUGCUGACCAAUGAGGGUACAUGGAGUAAUUUUAGUGAUGUUUUUUUGGUAUCAUCGAUAACAGGUAGUGGGCUGAAUAAAGUUCAUGAUUACUUCUUAAAUGCGGCCAAAUCCCGCAACUGGGAAUUCCCCAGCGACACAUUUACAGAUGAACCUCCAGAGGAUUUAAUUGUGGCUAGUGUUAAGGCCCGUCUUUUGGACUAUUUGCCACAGGAGAUACCAUAUAAUUUGGAGACAUGCAUUGAAUACUACAAUGUCCAUAAUGACACAAUUUAUGCUUCGGUGGAAGUGGUUUGUCCAACAAAACGUGUUGAACGUUUAAUAUGCGGUGAAUCCAAUGGCAGACUUAGGCAGAUUACAGAACGUGUCACCUCAGAUUUAGUGGAGACCUUUGGCAAACCAAUAUCCUUUACCAUAUCAACUAGACCCAGAGAGAAAACUAAAGAAGCUGCUAAUUAAG